AUACUGAAAGCAAUGCACACGGAGUUGGGUUCACACUCUGUGUGUAUAUAGUAUUACAACUUCACUACUUACCCAAGGUGUCUCCUCCUGUGAUUGUGUCUCUCGACUCACCAAAGUCACCACCGCUCUGCCCGGCCAUGGCUUCACCUCCAUGGGUUCGCCUUGUGCUGCUACUCCUAGCCGCCGUCCCCGCAUGCCAUGGCCGCCCACUUUUUGAUGACGACGUCAACAAAAUCAUGACCACCCAGCCCCUGCCGCCAUCCGUGAUCUCCUGCUCAACUGCUGGCAACUACAGUGAUGGAAGCCAGUACCACGUGAAUCUCGAUCGGCUCUUGUCGGCCAUCCCCAUGGCCGCCGCCAAGGAUGGCGGCUUCUUCAACAGCAAAUUCGGCAUGGAGGGCGAAGAGGUCUUCGGCCUCUUCAUGUGCUAUGCCGGCGACACCGACUCUCAGUGCCAGGACUGCCUCACCCGUGCACCUGCGGGUGUCAUGAAGCUGUGCCCGCACAGCCGGACUGUUCGCGCUGUCUACAACGCCUGCACCCUUCGGUACUCUGAUGAGUCCUUCUUCUCCGUCGCCGACCUCAUAGACAUAGCCGAUCUCUCCGAUGCUCCAAACAUGGAAAUGGAACGAUCCUCUUACCGUACUCAGUACGGCGGAGGCGGAGACAGUUAUGCAGCUUGGUACCAGGGAGUCGUACCACUCGUAGGCUACGUUGUGGACACGGCCGGCAUGAGCCGCAUGAGGUCCGAGCUUAUUCGCCGGCUCAUGGGGAAGGCGGGCCAAGCGGCUGAGAGGAUCGCCUCAGGCACACAACGGUUCACUGACACACAAUGGGUGUGGGCGGUGGCGCAGUGUACGAGGGACUUGCCGGCAAGCGAAUGCACACGCUGUCUCUCCUACUAUACUGAUCAGCUGCCGCGGUUGUUCCCGAACAACAGUGGCGGCGCCAUCAAGGGGUACAGCUGCUACUUGGGGUACGCCAUCCUUGCGGACAAGCCGUCUACUGUGCGGCUUAACAGGUACCGGUACAGCGAGAACUAUGAGAGGGACAUGGCGGCCCAGAAGUUGGAGCGCGAGAAGGCGAUGGCGGAUGAGGAGUCGAGGCACAGAAAAAAGCGACGGAAGAUAGCUAUCAUUGUCAGCCUUAUUGCCAUCGCCGUGGCGCUCGUGAUCUGCCUGAUCGGCCUGUUGAUUCGGUUCAUGUGGUACCGGUGGCGAGGCUGGGUGGCAGCAGGCAGGGUUGCCAUGAGAUCAUACAUGGAAAAACCGCCGAAAGAGGCGGCCUACUUCCAUGGCAAAAGCAUACGCCAAGAUGAGCUCGAGCAAGGGGCUGGGCCAAGACGAUUCAGGUACGACGAGCUCGCGGCUGCCACCAACGGCUUCUCUGGCAGGAACAAGCUGGGAGAAGGAGGCUUUGGAUCUGUUUACCGGGGGUUCCUCCACGACAUGAACCUUCACAUCGCCGUGAAGAAAGUGUCCAAGAGCUCUCGUCAGGGCUGGAAGGAGUUUGUAUCCGAGGUGAGGAUCAUUAGCCGGCUCCGGCACCGGAACCUCGUGCCGCUUGUUGGAUGGUUCUAUGGCGGCGAUGAUGAUGGCCUUCUGCUCGUGUAUGAGCUGAUGCCCAAUGGCAGCCUUGACGCACACCUGUACAACCCGGAACAGCUGCUGCCAUGGGCAGUCAGGUACGAGGUUGCGCUCGGGGUCGGCUCCGCGCUGAUGUACCUGCACCAGGAUACGGAGCAGCGCGUCGUGCACAGGGACGUCAAGCCGAGCAACAUCAUGCUGGACGCGUCCUUCAAUGCCAAGCUCGGUGACUUUGGGCUCGCAAGGCUAGUUUGCGAUGGUCGGAGCUCAUUCACGACGGGUGCAGCCGGGACUCUCGGGUACAUGGAUCCGAAGUGUGUGUUCGUGGGUACGGCCAGUGUGGAGUCCGAUGUGUACAGCUUCGGUGUCGUCCUAGUCGAGAUGGCUUGUGGUCGGACCCCGGCGGUGGCCGAUGGCGGAGCAGUCGUCCACCUGUUGCAGUGGGUAUGGGAGUCCUACGGCAGAGGGGCCAUCCUGGAGGCAGCUGACGCCCGGCUGGACGGCAAGUUCGACGAGAAAGAGAUGGAGCGUGUCAUGGUGGUCGGGCUCUGGUGCGGGCACCCAGACCCCGGCCUGAGACCGUCCAUCAGGCAGGCUGUCAGCGUGCUGCGUUUGGAGGCGCCGCUGCCGAGCCUCCCAGCGGAGAUGCCGGUCCCAACAUACAUGAUGCAGCCAGCGGCUGAUGAAUCUAUUGGUUCUUCGGUGGUCAGUGGCGGGGAUGCCAGCACAACUCGUUCGGCUCGAGGCAAAGUCGAGUAGAUUUUUUUUUCCGAGACAAUGCAAAGUCGAGUAGAUGACUACUACAUCCCCGA